UUAGCUCCUGUCAUUUGGCUAAAUUAGCAGUGAUGAUGUCAUCAGGCAGGGGCUGAGAGGAGUCUAUAGAAACCAGCUUCAUGCUUCUGCGCUCUCACACUCAGAUCAGCAAACACCAAACAUCAUCUUCUCCAGCACACAUUCAGACCGAGAGGAUGCAGACGGCACAACGUAGUCUCACCAAACAGAGACAGCAGCAGGCCAUGAUCCUGAGCAGAGAGGCAAAGGGAGGUCUGAACCUUGGGAAGAAGAUCAGCGUUCCCAGGGAUGUGAUGAUGGAGGAGCUGAACCUGAACAACAACAGAGGAUCCAUCAUGUUCCAGGAGCGCCAGAGGAGAGCGGAACGGUUCACGCUGGAGAACUCAGCAGACGCUUCCUCCGUCUUACACAACAACAUGGAACAGAACCAGAACCACAUGAUGACAGACAUGCAGGGAGGGAAAGAAAACCUGCUGUAUCCAGUGGUCAGUAAACACAGCCUCGUCAGCACCCUCAAGAACACCGUGGCCAAGAAGGGAAGCCCAAACAUCCUGGCACCAGACUACUCUGGACGGCUUAGAGAGAUCCCUCGAGAGACAUUCCCGAAGUCUUAUCGUUCACCAUGGCAAGAAGCCCUGGGAGAAGAUGAAGAGCUUCUGUCUUCACUCAACACUCAGAUAGAGGAACCGCACCAGAAACUCCCUCCGGCCAACUACAGGUGCUUUAACAGAGCUGCAGUGCCAUUUGGAGGACCUGUGCGCAGUCAGAGGGUGAUUCCUGUUAUGGGCUUUGAAGCUCUGGAGACUCCAAAUCUUUCUGGCAUGACCUUGGCCACCACAUCCAAACGACGCAACUUCAACAGAGCCCCGCGGGGAUGGGGCAUGGGCUACUCGCCCGAGUCGAAUGACCUGUGAGCUCAGGCGCUGACCCACACCUGUAACGUUAGAGGAAAAGACUGUCACGCCGUAAAGACUUGCGCUUGCACUUUCAGGCCGUCCCAUUCU